CAGUUUAAUGGACACGUUUCACCGACCGUGAGGAGGACAAUAUGGCGGCUUCCUUGCGUCUCGGUCGUCAGGGGAUUGUUUUUGGUUUCAGAUUAUCUACCUAUACUAAAUCUUUGCGACCAACAAGUCAGUGUCAGGAGCAUGUUCGAGCUUUCUUCUCAUCACCAUGUUUUCUUGGUGUCAGCGCACUCAAAGUACAAAUGCCUGCAUUGUCUCCCACCAUGGAGAUGGGAAAUAUUGUCAAAUGGCUGAAGAAAGAAGGUGAGGCAGUGGCAGCAGGUGAUGCCCUUUGUGAGAUCGAGACUGACAAGGCGGUUGUUACCAUGGAAUCUAAUGAUGAUGGUGUCUUGGCAAAGAUCCUGAUGGAGGAGGGCAGUCACAAUGUGCGCCUGGGAACUCUCAUUGCCCUCAUGGUGGAGGAAGGGCAGGACUGGAAGCAGGUUGAGAUUCCACCCCCAGAUGCUCCAGCUCCAUCUGCAGCUCCACCUGCUACACAUGCAGCUACUGCCCCAGUUAUAGCUCCCGCUGCGUUCUCUUCUCCUCCCCCACCAAAAGAAGCCAUGACAGGGCCCUUACGCCUCAGUCCGGCAGCGCGACACAUCUUGGACACCCAUGGUUUAGACCCAAAACUGGUUACAGCCACUGGGCCAAAAGGACUUAUCACAAAAGAAGAUGCAUUAAAUCUUUUGAAGACAUCUCCUGCCCCCAAAGCACAACCAGCUGCAGCUGCUCCACCUGCCCCACGACCUGUUUCCACCCCAGCAGCUACACCUUCACCCCCAGGCACCAGACCCAAUGUCCCCCCACUUUCUGUACCAGGAAAACCCGGAGCACCGGGCACUUUCACUGAAAUCCAAACUUCAAAUGUCCGCCGUGUCAUUGCUCAAAGGCUAACACAGUCAAAGACUACUAUUCCCCAUGCGUAUGCGUCCGUUGACUGUGACAUGGCUGCUGUCAUGCAGCUCCGUAAAGACAUGGCUAAAGAACAGAUCAAAGUUUCUGUAAAUGAUUUCAUAAUCAAGGCAGCUGCUGUCACACUCAAAGAGAUGCCUGAAGUCAAUGUGACCUGGUCUGGUGAUGGACCCCAUCCUCUGGAUUCAGUCCAUAUUUCCAUCGCAGUAGCCACUGAUAAAGGCCUGAUCACUCCCAUCAUUAAAGACGCAGCAAACAAAGGAGUGCAGGAGAUCUCCGCCCACGCUAAGGCUUUGGCCCAAAAGGCUCGAGAUGGAAAGCUUCUACCUGAGGAAUACCAAGGAGGUUCAUUCAGCAUAUCCAACCUGGGGAUGUUUGGCAUCAGUGGCUUCAGUGCAGUGAUCAACCCUCCUCAGGCCUGCAUUCUGGCUGUGGGAACCUCCAGGGCUGAGCUGCAGCUCAGUGAAGAUGAGCAGACCUUGCGCACUCAGCACCUCAUGACGGUUACAUUGUCAAGUGAUGGAAGACUAGUGGAUGACGAAUUAGCCUCUCGGUUUCUCCAUAAAUUCCGCACCAAGCUAGAGCAACCACAGCGUAUGGCUCUUGCUUGAAAAACCAGAUGGAUCGAAAUAAUUUAAAUAAAAGACACAGACUUCGUAAAGACUGCACCCAUGUUUAACAUUUAGAGAUUUAUACUUACGAUGGGAAUAAGGCACAGGUAUUAAUCUUGAUAAAAUGAUAAUACCACUGUCCUGUUCUCAAUGGGGUCGGUAAGGACCAAGAGUUGUUGAACAGGGAGGAACAAUAGUGUCUGCCAAAGUGAUCAAUGUUUGUGGCAGUGGUGACAUAUACACGGGGUCUUCAACUUGACAAUGGAACUCUGUUCCAACUGUGCUCAGUAACUGGUUUUUCGCUGUAUGUCGGACCUCACACACAAGUACCUGUGUCUCCCACUUAGGCUAACACAGUAGAAAUCAGGACACAAAAACAUCAAAAGAGUGUGACUUAUGCCUGGAAGCCAUAAAGAAGGGAAAAAAAGUUUCCAAAAUAACAACACAAAAAAAGAAGCACAGUCCAGUGUAUGGCGUACAACCGGUGAAUAUAAACAAACCAUUUUUCGCGUAUAGCACCACAUGGUGACAAAUUUGUCUGCUUUCCCAACUACUUCCUGUGCGAACAUUUGUUUUAACGCCAUAUGUUGGACUGACAGAACAAGACUUUUUUAAUAAAUUCAUGGGUGAUGGCUACGCCAUAGUCGUAAACUGAGGACCCCCUGUAUAGCCAAAACAAACAACGCACCAAAUUCUUCAGCUACACCAGUGUUUUUCAUGUAUAUAAUGGCGGAGCAUCUAUUCUCCAAUUCUAGAAUACAGGUCUGAAUGAAUGUACUGUAUGUACAUACAUUAAUACAUGAGAGUAAUGCCCAAUAAUAGUGUACAGACCACGCUUCGUCAUCCUGUUGCGACAUUAACUCUUGUUCAUGUGAUAAUAUAUUUUAACUUAUUUAAAAGAAAUCCUGUGACGUCCAAUCACAACAACCCUUCUGGGCCACACAUGAGUAAACCUAUUAAAUGCUACUGUCUGUAGAAGCCAAUAAAACACUGUCCAACCUUCA